UUCACUGCACCGGAGAGGAGUGCUCAGAGCACACAGACUGGGAACCCAGCUCUCCCAGCCCACCGAGCCCACUCUGGACCAAGAAUGACCAACACACUUCUUGUAUCUGUUGUUUUGCUACAUUUUCUCCAACAAGGGAGCACGAGCAAGAAAUUACCUGGAGUUGAGCAAUAUGAAAUAGUUUAUCCACGGAAAUUGCACGCAGUGCACAAAAGAGAUGUAGAAAGAAACAAAGAGACAAAAUACGAUGACACAAUGGAGUAUGGAAUCAAAGCCAAUGGAGAGGAAGUCAUACUGCACCUACAAAAAAAUAAGCACCUAUUAGCCAGAGACUACACUGAAACGGUUUAUUCUGAUGAUGGUCGACAAAUAACCACAAGUCCUCAGAUCAAGGAUCACUGUUAUUAUGAAGGUUACAUCCAGAACGAUGCUGAUUCCGUCGCCAGCAUCAGUGCUUGCAGAGGUCUAAGUGGAUAUUUUGAGAUGCGUGGCCAGAAGUACCUCAUUGAACCCUUGGGGACUUCAGACAGAGAGGAACAUGCCGUCUAUAAGUAUGAGAACCUCGAACAAGAGCCCAUAAAAACCUGUGGUCUAAUCAAUAACACCUGGGAAGAUGAUUCAAUUGACCCCAUCAGUGACUUCUUCAAAUCCAGCAACAGUCCAGAAAUGAAAGCAUACCUGAAAGCAAAAAAGUACCUGGAAGUUUACAUAGUUGCAGACAAUACUUUGUAUAAGAAGUAUGACAAAGAUGUUAAAACCGUAAGAGAAAGGAUAUUUGGAAUAGUCAAUUACAUCAAUACGGUUUAUAAGGCCAUAAAUAUCUACGUGGCUUUAAUUGGCCUAGAAAUUUGGACCGACGGUGACAAAUGCCUCCUGAGCCGUGCUGCAGGAUUCACUCUGGACAGUUUCUCAAAGUGGCGUCUGUCGGAUUUAUUAAAUAGGAAAAAAAAUGACAACGCUCAGCUCCUCACAGGCUACGACUUUGAGGGGACAACGAUCGGAUUAGCCUUUACCAAAUCCAUAUGCAGUGAUACAUAUUCUGCAGGUAUUAUUCAGGACCAUAACAGAAAUGAAAUUGCAGUUGGAGCUACCAUGGCACACGAGAUGGGGCACAACCUUGGCAUGAGUCACGACACCAAGGCCUGCACAUGUAGUGAUAAAGUUUGUAUCAUGACGGAUACUGUCAGUUCCAUCAUCCCCAAGAAAUUCAGCUCUUGCAGUCUCCAAAGUUUUGAGAAAUACAUGCUGAGUGACAUGCCAAAAUGCCUAACAAACAUCCCAGACAUAAACAGCAUCGUAGCACCUCCGACCUGUGGAAAUGGCUUUGUGGAAAAAGGAGAGGAAUGUGACUGUGGCACUCCCGAGGAGUGCACAAACGAAUGCUGUGACCCCGAGACGUGCAAACUGACGGCAGGUUCCCUAUGUGCACACGGAGAGUGCUGUGAAAACUGCCAAUAUAAAAAGGGGGGGGUUGUUUGCCGAGCGGUUCAGCACGACUGUGACCUGGCUGAGAUGUGCACUGGCUACUCUGCAAACUGCCCAGAGGACAGAUUCCGUGUGAACGGACACCCCUGCAACUACGGGGAAGGCUAUUGCUACAUGGGAAGCUGUCCCACCAGAGAAAACCAGUGCAAAGAUGCUUUCGGACCACAUGCUACUGAAGGUGCACUAUCCUGUUACCGGAUGAACGAGAAAGGGGUAUAUUACGGAUACUGCAGAAAAGAAAAAGGUAGUCACGUCCCGUGUCAAAAAAAAGAUAAAAUGUGCGGCAAGUUGUUCUGUGCUGGGGGAAAUGAGAUGCCUCGGGAGGGGAGCCUGGUGACUUUCGAGUCCUGCAAAGCCAGUUUUCCUAGGAAUGGAGGAGCAGACGCAGGGAUGAUACUCGAUGGAACAAAGUGCGGGGAUGGGAUGGUGUGCAGCAAGGGACAAUGUGUCUAUGCUGAAGAUGUCUUCAGAUCAACCAACUGCUCUGCCAAGUGCACCGGACAUGCUGUGUGCGACCACGAGCUGCAAUGCCAGUGUGAAGAAGGAUGGGCACCACCAACCUGCGACAGCUCCUCAGCAGUCACCAGCUUUGCCAUUGUUGCUGGUGUCCUGAUUGUCCUUGCUGUCACAACUACUACAGCAGUGUUACUCAUCCGCUUCCGAGUAUUCAAGAAGAGCCGCCAGACCAGAAGGGGACCUGGAACCACAAACCAAGUCUUUGUGAGUCAAGAACAGAGAUGCAGAGAACAUCCAGUCCUGGUGGCACCUGCCCAGAAGACAAAUGAUAAGAAACUCCUCCUUCCCGUACCUCCACUGCAGGAGAACAAACCACAGCACCAGAGCCCUGUCAUAAGGCCAAAAGGUCCCCCACCUCCUGUUCCUUCUACCAAACCAGCAUCUUCUCACACAGAAGAGAUUUUUGCACCUGAGAGAAAACCUGUUCCUCUCCCAGUUCCCAAAGGCAAACCCACACCUCCACCAAAGGCUUUAAAACCUCCAGUUAACCCCAGAGUAUGAAGAUUCUGGAGUAGGGCUGAUUGAGAUAGCUAAAAUUUUCAGGGACAAUAUUUUUGCCCCUUGAUUCCUCCAACUUUUGGCAAAGGCAACCAAGAUCAUCUUCUUGUUCUCUUUUAAAAAAAAGAGCAACCGAACUGACAGCUGCUUUGAAAGAAAAACUUUGGUUUUCAAACAACGAAGAACUCUUUGGUUGAUGACAUCAAGCUACUGUCCAAAAGGAAACGAAGCAGAAUCACUGCUCACACUGAGGUAUAGACUGGGAGUGAGUUAUGAAGCACAUCCUGACUCCUAGCACACCACCAGAAGAUGUGGCUGCACUGGGAUGCCCUGCAUCUACACGGCUCUUCUGGGUACAGACCUGGGAAGAUCAGGGGAAGUAUGGCUACUGCAUGGUUGUAAAUUGUAAACUUUUUGCUACAUUUCUGGAUCUUCACCAGCCCUCUCUUCAGCAACAGACCAGACCUUCUACUUCAGGUGCAAGUUGCAAGUUCUGGGACAAGAAAAGUCCUUCCUGCGCUUUGGAGAAAAGUUUGGGUCCUCGGGGCCUGAACUAGCCUUGGAAUAAUAAGAUUGCAUACUGGCAAGGCAUUGAUUCUGGAAAGAUCCUUUUGGAUCGUGUUGUCUCAUUAAUCCUUAGAUUACCUGUUAAACAAGAUUCCUCUGUUGGGUAGGUAGAGCUGGAGAUACGCUCAAAAGCAAAGCACACAGGAGUCAAACCACUUGCUGCUUGCGAGUGCUCUGGGCUGUGCCAGUUUAAAAAGUGCUCCAGCUGCCACCACUGCACUUGGACAGAAAUAUUUAGAAAAGCACUGUCAACAAAACCCCUAAUCAUUUACUUCAUUUGCCCCUCAGCUCCAAAAAUAUCUGAGUAUUUCUCCAGUCCAGGAUAUACACACCUCGGUCUUUUCGUUUAAUUGCUCUUGUCCCGGGAUGUGUUAUUGUAAAGUUGCUAAUGAGAGCUAGGCCGGGCCCAGGGGUUUGUUAUUAUGGGACAGCACCAUGGCGUGAGGCUUUGCACACUGGUUUAUUACUGAGGGGUUCUUCAUUCCCUUCUGGCUGGUUGGCAUCAGCACUGUUGACACUAUGGGCCUGCUGGCAUAUCUCUGCGUGGUACUGUUGGCCUCGAUGUCAAUAAUACUGUGAGGGUGCUGGCACUGAUGCUGUUGUUACUGUUGGCACUGUUACUAUUCCUGCGGUUGGCACCAGUAUUUUUGGGUUAAAGCGCACAGAAGUGUUUUUCAAGGAAACAAAAUUUUACCAGGAAAAAAAAAAAAAGGAAAAAAGAAAAAAAAAAAAGUAGGGAGAGAGAAACAAAAUUGCCCUGGACU